GUCGGUGGAGGAGGCGCGCCAGGGCCGCGUGCCGCGCCUCUUUCAGGCCAUGAGCCUCAACGCGCUGCCCGCCAACCUCGAAGCUCGCCGGCGCAUCGUCACUUUGGCGCGGUCCGUGCAGAUGGACCCAUUGCCAUCUGCGCCAGUGAAGCAGAUGCCUACCCUAUCCGUGCUGAUCCCCCACUACUCCGAGACGAUCAGAUACUCCAAGCAGGACCUCUUCUCAGACUCUGUGUCGAACGACUUGCUGCGCUUUCUGAUCAAGUACUACAGGGACGAGUUCCGAAAUCUCAUCGAACGUCUAGAAGGUGCGGACAGCGAGAGCAGGGGGCCGAACUGGUUGGAAGCUGCCCUUUGCGAGUGGGCGUCCCUCCGCAUGCAGACGCUUUGGCGCACAGUGGAUGGCAUCUGCCACGCGUAUGGGCAUGCGCUGCAAACGUUGGCCAAGCAUCAAACAUUGGGAGACAGCAUGGGCUUCGGUGAGGAGCUCGUUCGCCAGCGGCUUCAGGUCGUCAUCGCCAUGCAGCAGUAUGCCAAGUUUUCGGAUCCGGACAGCUCGGGCUUCAAUCCACAGCAUCUUGAUGCAGUGGAAGCGAUGUUCUCAACCUUCGGGGAUUGGCUGAGCAUCGCUUACAUUGAGGAGCAAGAGGGAGAGGGAGGACGACGCUACUUCUCCUGCCUGAUCGACAGCUCCUGCGCGCGCCAUGAGGUCGGUGAGGGCCACUUCGCAAGGGCGCCAAAGUUCCGCAUCGAGCUGCCCGGAUUUCCCAUCCUCGGCCACGGGAAGAGCGACAACCAGAACUGUGCG